AUGGCCGACCUGAGCUUAGGGACCGCUUCUGCAGAGGCUCAGGGCCCUGCCCCGUGGCCUCCGUCCUCGGGCCCGUGGGUGGGAGUGGGAGCCUUUGGAGCCGACGUGCCCUUGUCGGUCGGCACGGCCGGAGAGAGCCGGGCCUGCUGGGGAGUGACUUUCAGUUUGGGCCGCCAGAGUUGGCAGAUUUCAAAUCAGCACGCCCCGUGUUCUCCAGGAAUUCCUCCACGGAAAGGGCACGCGCGUCGCCGUGAUGAAUCGGCGUGGACCCCCGCGUGGUGCCGGCAGGCGCUCGCAACACGGCUCGUCUCGCAAAGUUCCCGGGCGCAGCCGCCGCCCCCGCGGUCUCGCCGGGCGUGGACUGCAGUUUUCGCGCGGCGCGUUGCGUUUAAGGCCACCGAGAAGACGGGGUGUGCUCACUGGAAGUUUGACGGUUACUCUAAGCAGCAGUGUCUGGUGGCUGAGUUCUGUGUCAACCGGACACCCCGCCUGCACCCCACUCUUUCUCUGGUUUCAGAAUUAGUCUGUGGAGAAACUUGUUCUGAUGUUAAAGUGCAAAAGGGGGCAGAAGACAGUGAAAUGACUGCCAUGACUGUGAGUGGCCUGGUGCAGAAAGGGAGAUGGCCUGGUUCUGGGUGCUCUCAUCUCUGGAUGCAUGGUAUCUCAACACACAAAAGGAACCCUGCAUUUGGCAUCCCCUGCGGAAAAUUUCUACCUGGACAAGGACUGGUACUAUACCCACAAAUAGGAGACAAAUUGGAUAUUAUUUGCCCCAAAGUGGACUCUAAAACUGUUGGCCAGUAUGAAUAUUAUAAAGUUUACAUGGUUGACAAGGACCAAGCAGAUAGAUGCACUAUUAAGAAGGAAAAUACUCCUCUCCUCAACUGUGCCAGGCCAGACCAAGAUGUAAAAUUCACUAUCAAGUUUCAAGAAUUCAGCCCUAACCUCUGGGGUCUAGAAUUUCAGAAGAACAAAGAUUAUUACAUUAUAUCUACAUCAAAUGGGUCUUUGGAGGGCCUGGAUAACCAGGAGGGAGGGGUGUGCCAGACAAGAGCCAUGAAGAUCCUCAUGAAAGUUGGACAAGAUGCAAGUUCUGCUGGAUCAACCAGGAAUAAUGAUCCAACAAGACGUCCAGAUCUAGAAGCUGGUACCAAUGGAAGAAGUUCAACGACAAGUCCCUUUGUAAAACCAAACCCAGGGUCCAGCACGGACGGCAACAGCGCCGGACAUUCGGGGAGCAACAUCCUGGGUUCCGAAGUGGCCUUAUUCGCAGGGAUCGCGUCAGGAUGCAUCAUCUUCCUCGUCAUCAUCAUCACGCUGGUGGUCCUCCUGCUGAAGUACCGCAGGAGACAGCGCAAGCACUCGCCGCAGCACACGACCACGCUGUCGCUCAGCACGCUGGCCACCCCCAAGCGCAGCGGCAACAACAACGGCUCCGAGCCCAGUGACAUUAUCAUCCCCUUAAGGACUGCGGACAGUGUCUUUUGCCCUCACUACGAGAAGGUCAGCGGGGAUUAUGGGCACCCGGUGUACAUAGUCCAGGAGAUGCCUCCUCAGAGCCCGGCGAACAUCUACUACAAGGUCUGAGAGAGGCCCUGGCGGCACCUUCGCUUUCCCAGAGGAAACUCACUGUCCCAACGCCUCCUGUUGAGGGUUUCAAACGCGAGCCUGGCCACUGACUGAGACACGGCCCCUGGGGGAGAGGGCCCGCCCCUUCUCGGAAGAGCCCCGUCCAUCCGGACAGCUUACCUAGUCUGUAGCAUUUCGGCCUUGGAGAACACAGCACUCACUGGAAGCUGGAAGACUGUGGGAGAUCCCCGUUGGGACCGCUGGGCGCGACCCGCGUCGCCUCCUGGAAGCCAUGUGCGGCGGUGGCUCGGGCCUCUUCGCAAGCCAAGGGAAGGCGGUGGUUUGUGGACCGGAGAGCCGUGAGCUUCCCGGGCAGGUGGCCCCAGGGGUCCCAGAAGGCCUCGCCGGGAAAGGCCGGCUUCUGCCUGGGACGUGUCUCCCCCGCGGUGCAUACUGGACUUGUCCCACGGACCUCGGGCUAGUGAAGGGUUUCAGAGAUCUCUAGCGUGUAGUCCUCACUGUCUCACUCCUUCUGUCACCCAGGGCCCUGCAAGCGCCUCACCUGGGCCUCCUCCUCACCUCCACGCUCCGCACCACUCACGGACACACUCGGCUGGGGUCCCCUGCUCCAGCCGCUGGUAGCAGCAGCUUCCGAGGAACGGGAUGAUCCGUUUCUAGAAAUAGUGUUUGCUAGCAAGGUGCUCUUGAGACAGAGGAGAAGCUGUCUGCCCUGGAAGACUAGGAGCGGGUGGGGGUGGGAGAGGGCUGGCUGCAGUGGCAGAAAGUCAGAAAGGAAAACAAUGACAACCACAAUAACAAUUAGGUCGCACAGCACUUUGGUUUUGCUAAGAUCUAAGAGGCAAGUAGGCGACACAGCCACACACACACACAGUGGAUGACGGUGCACUGGGGGGAAAUCACUGUUAUCAAAUAGCGCGCAGGACAAAGAAGUCCCUCUUCAUUCCGUGGAACAAAGGGGGAUACUGUUGGGAAAGGAGCAGGCUUGGAGGGAAGGGAGACAGGAGCUACUGGUGAUCUCUUCGGGCAGGACUGUCGUGGUACUGGCAAUAAGACAUACAGCUCUGACGCUGUAGAGAGUCGGUCUGCUGGGGACGGUUUGUUUCAGCAGACUCAGCUGCUAUACUUAUCACAUUUUAUUAAACACAGGGAAAGCAUUUAGGAGACGAGCAGAGAGCCAGAUCUGACCUAGACGUGGAAAAGCCAGAGGUCAAACAGGCUGUAAUUCCAUCACCACUGAGGGUCUGCAGGAGUUCUCAUCUCUAAAGGGUAGGUCAGAUCCCCCCCACGUCCCCCCUCCCCGAUGGAGCCUUAUGACACUUGGGUUUAUGGUGCAGGGGCCGUGGGCUCGGUACUGAUGGUGGCCGUGGCACCCGGCGCUCUGUGUCAGAGGGAAGCACACACGGCAGACCUCUUGGGGUCCUUAAGACGGAGGUAAAUUAUGACGUCGAGGGGGAGAAGGAAGCUAGGACGUAUUUAUAAUAGGUAUAUAGAACACAAGGGAUAUAAAAUGAAAGAUUUUUACUAAUAUAUAUUUUAAGAUUGCACACAGUACACACCAGAAGAUGUGAAAUUCAUUUGUGGCAAUUAAGUGGUCCCGAUGCUCAGUGCUUUAAAAAAACAACAACAAAAACAAAUUGGACAGCUACUUCUGGGAAAAACACCAUCGCUCCAAAAAGAACAAUAAUGAGAGCAAACACAAAAAUAACCAAGUCCUCUGAAGGCAUCUCACGUAACUGUAGACUAGGAAAUACAAGCCCCAAAUACCAGGAAAUCAAUGUUACUGCAUCCAUGUUUAACAGUGACAAGAUGUUCCGACAUUUAUUUUCUGCGUUGGGUUUUCCCUUGCCUUAUGGGCCGAAGUGUUCGCUAGAAUCCAGCAGGUCACAUCGAGGGGGCUUCAGGUGACAGUGUACCUCUGGCAUCCUCCUCCUGCCCCCCCACCAUCCCCUCCCUUCUGGGAAACAAGAAGAGUAAACAGGAAACCUACUUUUUAUGUGCUAUGCAAAAUAGACAUCUUUAACAUAGUCCCGUUACUAUGGUAACACUUUGCUUUCUGAAUUGGAAGAAAAAAAAAAUGUAGCGACAGCAUUUUAAGGUUCUCAGCCCUUUAGUGAGUACCUGCAAAAAUGAGUUGUCACAGAAAUAAAUAUUCCCUAUUUCCUGAACCUGGAAAUGAUGUUGGUCCAAAGUGCGUGUGUGUAUAUGUGUGAGUGGGUGUGUGGUAUACAUGUGUACAUAUAUGUAUAAUAUAUAUCUACAAUAUAUAUUAUAUAUAUCUAUAUCAUAUUUCUGUGGAGGGUUGCCAUGGUGACCAGCCGCAGUACAUAUGUAAUUCUUUCCAUCGCCCCGGCCUCUUCCUCACGUGCAUUUGUGCAAGAUUUUCUUGUAAGCCAUCAAAAGUUCCUUUUAGGAUGGGGGAGAGGGGCAAGAAGGGGGGAAAAAAUGGGAAAGGGUCUGAUUUUAAUGAAAUCAAAGGUAUGUGUCAUCAGUUGGCUACAUUUUGGUUCUAUGCUAAACUGUGAAAAGUCAGAUGAACCGCCGAGGAGUUACCUGCGACCAGUUGAGAAGUGUUCUGUGCGUCUGUUUUGUGUCUGGUGCAGAAGAUGACAAUCUACCAACUGUUCCUUUAUUUGAAGUUGGUUCAGCUCUGGAAAGUUACUGUAAAUGCCUUGCUUGUAUCAUCAUCCCUAGUCACCCGACUUUGGAAUUUUGCACCACCAUGUUUAAGUGAAGAUGCUGUAAAUAGGUUCAGAUUUUACUGUAUAUGGAUUUGGGGUGUUACAGUAGCCUUAUUCACCUUUUUAAUAAAAAUACACAUGAAAACAAGACAGAAAUGGCUUUUCUUAUCCAGAUUGUGUACAUAGAGCAAUGUUGGUUUUUUAUAAAGUCUAAGCGAGAUGUUUUGUAUAAAAUCUGAAUUUUGCAAUGUAUUUAGCUACAGCUUGUUUAACGGCAGUGUCAUUCCCCUUUGCACUGUAAUGAGGAAAAAAUGGUAUAAAAGGUUGCCAAAUUGCUGCAUAUUUGUGCCGUAAUUAUGUACCAUGAAUAUUUAUUUAAAAUUUCGUUGUCCAAUUUGUAAGUAACACAGUAUUAUGCUUGAGUUAUAAAUAUUUUUUUCUUUCUUUGUUUUAUUUUAAUAGCCUGUCAUAGGUUUUAAAUCUGCUUUAGUUCCACAUUGCAGUUAGCUCCAGAAAAUGAAAUCCGUGACGUCACAUUCCACGUCUGUUUCAAACUGAAUUUGUUCUUAAAAAAAUAAAAUAUUUUUUUCCUAUGGAAAAA